GUGUGUGUGGCACGCUAGUUGGGGUGGGUGGUGUGUGGAAGCCGAGUUGCUGGGUGACUCUUAAAGGGAUGUUUCUCUCCUGAAACGCAUUAUUUUUAUUUUCUUUCUUGCUCGCUCCAUCUUCUAAACCACAAAGUCGACGAGCAAGCAACAGGAUUACGGCAUGGUGGCCCUCUCGCCUCUCUGCAUCGCUUUCGCGUUAGCGGCGGCGGUGUGCGGAGGAGAAGAAGGGACACGUGGAGGUGACGAGCAGCUGUUGUCCGACAUCAAGGUGUGCGGGGAUGAAGACUGCAGCAUGUGGCUCUACAAGGUGGAGGCAGUGCGCGACUACGACGCACCCGACUGCCACUUUGUGAGCUUCCGUACGGGGGACGUGCUCUACGUCUACCACAUGCUGGCCGGCCGGAGGGACGACCUGUGGGCCGGAUCGGCCGGAUUGCAGUUUGGAUAUUUUCCUAAAGAUGCUGUGAAGGUUAUUUUUAAAGAGCCAUCGGCCAAAGAAAUUAAGAAACCCACCAAGUUUACAGAUUUCAUGUGCCUACCAUCCAGUCAUCAGAACGCAAAAACAUCUGAUGAUGAAAGUCAUGGAAAUGAUGAUCUCCACACGGGAGAUGUGGAGCCCACUUUACCUCAAGUUAAAGCUAGCGGUUCAGAAAACCAAAUGCCUACAGUACCAAAUGAAGAAGAAAAUAUUUCAAAAGAACACCAGGUGAGCAGAGAUACAAGGACUGAAAAAGAUAGCAACAUGAAGUCCCCUGAAGGAGAUGGAAGAGUGGUAACACCACAGGGACAGCCGUCUAACGUUGACGGUGAUGGGAAGCCCUUACCAGUCUUAGCCUCUCAUCCUAAAGCCAGUGAAGAAAAAAAUGAUUCUGAAAUCGCUAGCGAUCCUGAAGUUGACGCAGCUUUGUUUACAGCAAAACAUUCUGAAAUCGGACAAGGAACCUUAAAUGUGGAAUCCCCAAGGGAAGCCACAUCUGUAUCAAACUCAUAUGCAAUUCAAAAGGAUGUAGAUGCACUUGCAUUGAAAGAAGAUAACUUGUUUAGCAUCGAGAGUUACGAAGAUGAAAUGACUCCUGAAGACGAUGCCUCAAGCGACCUGCCAGAGCUGCAGAUCCUAUUAACGGAACAAGUCUCGGCGGUCAGUUUCGUUGAACAGCUCCCGACCGAGUUGGUGAAACAUGACGAACAUGUGACAAAUGAGCGAGAAGUGACAGAGCAGGUCACACACGCAUUGAAUGAAGGGGAAGAAUAUAAAGACUUAGCCACAUCGGAUGGACAUGUAUUGACUGGGGAGGUGAAACGGAGCAGAGCAAAAUUAAAAGAUUCGCCAGCAGUGUCUGACUCGACAAUGACACACGGCCGUGAUACAUUUUCUCAAGAAGACAUAUUUCUUGCUAAAUUCAACAUUGCGAAUGCCGAGGAACAAACUUUAAAAACGGAUCCUGUUUCGGAAGAAAUUAAAGAGGGGAAAGAUAAAAAUGUUGAUUCCCCCAAAAUAAUUGUUGGAACGGCAGUCACAGACGGGCAGGAUUCUGGUGGCAAUGACAGAGACCAAGUCUCAACAGAAGCAUCAUCAGAUGCUGGGGACAUCGAAGGUGGUAAUGACCUCAGGAGGCCUAAACCUGCUCGUAAUGAUGAGGCUGCAGAAAUGUUCACUAAAAAUCAGGGUGACGGAAUUGCCAGGGAAGAUAAUGAAAGACCUCUCCAAAAUGAAAUCCCACUUCCCUUGCCUUCAACGGACAUUGGAAAAGACACAUUGGAAUCCGAAGAAGAUGAUUUGAUUCACAUGGAGACUCAUGAGGAUGAGAAUACAUUUGUAGAAAAUGCUCAAAAUGACCUUCCAGAGCGGCAGAUCCGUCUAACAGAGCAAAUCUCCAAAGCUAAGCCCAGCGAACUGCUCGACACUGAAUUGAUGGACACUGUCAAAGAUCAGGUAGGCAGUGUCAAUGUCACUGCACAGGCGACAGACUUGUUAGCUGAUGGUGAGAAUUACGUGAAGCCUGUAAAGUGGGACAAACACAUAUUUGGCAGUGAUGUGCAACAAAAAGCUUCCAAGUUCAAAUCCUCACCAGAUGAUUCUGACGACUCGGACGCAGAAGCAAAGUCACAUUUGGUAGUGGCAGGCAAAGAUGAUGCAACUUCCAGUGAAGCAGCUUACCUUGUUAAAUUUACAAUAUCUGGAAAUGCUCUCAACCCUGAGCUGAAAAGCACAGAUGAUGGCGUUGUGACCAAAGACUUAGAUUCCGUAAAUCGAAACCGUGAUGGCGAUGAGGACAUUUUACAAUUUCCUUUGAAAGAAAUGCCAGGUGAUCGCCACCAUAAAUCAUCUGGUUCCAAUUUGGAAAGGGACAUAGGUGGCAAUAAGUUUGCAGGCGAGGUUCACGAUGUUACAGAACUUUUGAAUAUAAGCCCCGAAUUGGAAACAAACGUUGUUGCCGAGGCCUCAUCAAUAAACACUCAGCACUUUGAUGUGGAAAAAGCAGCACAACUGAAGGACAAUGGAUCUGAAAUCAAUGAUAAGCCUCAUGCAGGAGUAAAAUACGAACCUGUAAACGAUAAGUCCGAGGUGAUCUUGGAGAACAAGGAUGUGGCUGAGAAGGUGAUGAAUAAAGAUCGAAUGAAGGAUGGCACCCUUGAAUUUGACAGUAAUGUGGAGACCAAGAAGGCUCUUGGAAAGCGGAGCGUGGAACCAGCAGCUGAAGAGCUAAUGGUGCUAACAGCCUCCAGUAACUCGGCAAAGGACAAAGAGGGAGGGUCAGAGGUCACGUCCCAAGUGGAGAGAACAGAACCACAAUUGCAAGCCUCCUCACAAGAUGUUGAGAAAGUGGACCUGAAUGUGGAUGUUAACUUGGAACAUCUGGUGGAAUAUCCGGUGACCAAUAUAUCAGAGGCGGCCAUUGAGGAGACGGGCAAGUUACCAGAGAUGCAGGAAAAGCUAAUGGAGCCAAAAGAACUAGUGCAAGAUGUGAACGCGGAGGGCAAGCAGGAGGACCGUGUUGGUGAUUCUCAAGCAGUGAAUGCGUCUCUGCUUAUGGAAGCCAAUGCACCAUCACAAAGGAAAGAUGGAGAUCUCGAACUGGAAGAAGGAGAGGCCAGCGAUGCAAAUAAGUUGUCGAUAGAGACUCCUAUGCCAAUGGAGUCAGGAAUGAAGGAGGUAGUUGAUCAACGUGAUGAGCAGGGAAAGGAUCUUCAUGCAGGAGUGAAAAGUGAUGAAGAGGCUUCUGAUCUUAAGGUGGAAGCCAUGGUUGUAGAUGACAAGAAAGCCAUAGACAUUCCGACGACUUUAGAUUUAAAUAAAAUUGAUGCUACCUCAGAGAAGAUGGAACAGAAUACAACUUUGGAAAAUAACUUGGAGAUGGGUAAGGAUAUUGGAAACGCUACAUUAAAUGUGGAUAAGGGUCUGGGUGUAGUUGACAAGAAAGAUAAAGAAUCUCUGGUGCCUAUAGAUGUAAAUAAACUGGAUGCUACCUCGGAGAAAGUGGUGCAGAGAACAACUUUGGAAAAUAACUUGGAGGUGGAUGAGAAUAUUGAAAACAUUACAUUAAACGUGAGCAAAAGCCUGGAUGGAGAUGUUAGAGCUGUAGUCGGGGACACCUUUGAGGAAAAUAAAAUUGGAGAUGAUGUGCAUUUAGAGAAGCUUAACAAAGGUGAGGUGGAUUCUUUGGUGGAAGCCACCAUUGGAAAUGGUAAAGAAAUGGGGUAUUUUAAGGAGAUCAAUCCUUUGUUCAAAGAAAGCGGUGAUGAUGUUAAACCAUUAGCAGAAGAUGAGCCACUCCAGGGCUCAAUGAGGGAAACAACUGAAACCUUCACACCUCUGAACAGGCAGCAUGCAAAAGCGGAGAGCAAAUUGGCUGAGGGAAAUAAAGUUCCGAUGGGAGAUCUAACGACCAAAGAAGAUGUGACCAAAAACGAAAUGACUGAACAAGUAAAUGAGAAACUGCAUGCAGAACGCUUGGCGAUCGAGGACGCAGUCGCCAACGUUAAUGUCGAGAUCAGCAAAGCGUUGGCCGACGGUAAUGUACAGCUAAAGACUGCCCUUGACAAGAAGUAUAUGGAGUUGAAAGAAUCUAGAGCUGCGAUGGAUUCAAAGAUGAAGAGCCCAAAUGAAGAAUUAACCGAGUCCAAAGGAGGAAUGGAAAAGCGUGACGAUUUAAGAGGUGUGUCGAUGGAGAGGAGUCUGAAAGUGGAGAAAAAAGAUUACACAAAUUUAGUAAAGGUCAAUUCAAUCGAAGAAAAUCUGAAUACGAUAGAUGCUGAAAGUAAAACACCAACAGGCUCUAUGGAGCCUAUGAAAGAGACGGUUGAUACAAAUGGAACACAAGAAGAAAACAAUGAGAAGAAAGGGCAAGCAAUGGAUGAGUCGGAGAUAAUGUCAACCAAACAAGCGAAGAUUAUCGACAAAGAGGUGUCAAAUGAUGAUGCUUACCAGAGUUUGAUCCAUACAGAUCCUUUGCAUAAAGAGCUUCGUGAAAAAGUGUCUGAGGUUUCCAAAGAGCCGGUCAAGGAAGAUGUGGACCCCCAGGGAAUAGUCACAAAGAGAAAUGAAGCCGCCAAUGAACAACACUCUGAUGUGAAGGACAUGGACAAGGGUAUUGCGGGCUUAAUUUAUUCUCAGGAUGAGGAGCAGUUACUGAUAAAGGAAGCCAAAUCUCAGCUAAUUUUCGAGCUGAAAAAGGCAUUGACUGAGGGAGAUGAAGGGCUCACGAAAGUGUUGGGUAAGGAAGAUUCAGAAAUAAUGGACGCAGUCUCCAAAAUAAACUUGGAGUUCAAGAAUGCUCUCGUUGGUAACAAUGGUGUAAUUGCUGAAGCCUCACAUGGUCACCAUACACUUAUGAACCCAGAAGUGAAGAUUGUGGAAGAUGUCAAAUUAAAUGAAGAUUUGAAAGAGGCAGCUCUUGGAUCGGAAGAAUUGGAGAAAAUAAAUGAGACUGCACAUUUGUUGAAAGAUGUCAGUAAAAAUGAUGACCUAGAUAAAGAUAACAUUAGAAAGAACAACGCUUCUUUGACAGAGGAAGAUGCAAAGGCCGUGGUAGACACAGAGAAAGAGGGACCGAAGGAGAGUGGAAUGCUUGAGCGAGAGAAACAAAACAAGUAUGCGGAGAGUGAAAAUGAGAUAAGUGAAGCUAAAGGGAAGUUAAUCUUAGCAAUAAACAAGGUAAUUGCAGGGGAAGAUGAGAAGCUAAAUGAAGCGCUCAAAUCCGAAUAUCUGGAGAUACGUGAUGUGAAAUCCGAGAUGGAUGUAAAUGUCAACAAAAAACGGUUGGAACUCGACGACCGGGAGGGAAAAGAUGCGAAUGUGGAACCUGAGAAUAACGAAAAUUCAUAUGUUGCUAAAUCUACUGUCGCAGAUGAGAAGAAUGGAAUGCUUGAGCAGGAGAAACUAAGCAACUAUGCGGAGGGUGAAAAUGAGAUCAGUAAAGCAAAAGAAAAGUUAAUUUUAGCAGUAAAUGAGGGAAUUGCAGGGAAAGAUAAGAAGCUACAUGAUGCACUCAAUUCUGAAUAUCUUGAGAUGCGUGACACUAAAGCUGAGAUGGAUUUAAAUGUCAGUAAGAAACACUUGGAACUCGACGACCAGGAGGAAAAAGAUGCGAAUAUGGAACCUGACAAGAACGAAAAUUCAUAUGUUGCUAAACCCACUGUCGCAGAUGAGAAGAAUGGAAUGCUUGAGCAGGAGAAACUAAGCAACUAUGCGGAGGGUGAAAAUGAGAUCAGUAAAGCAAAAGAAAAGUUAAUUUUAGCAGUAAAUGAGGGAAUUGCAGGGAAAGAUGAGAAGCUACAUGAUGCACUCAAUUCUGAAUAUCUGGAGAUGCGUGACACUAAAGCUGAGGUGGAUUUAAAUGCAAAUAAGAAACGCUUAGAUCUUAACGACCGGGAUGGAAAAGAUGCGAAUGUGGAACCUGAGAAGGAGGCAAAUUCAGACGUGGCUAAACCAACUGCCGGAGAAGAUCAGAGUGGAAUGCUUGAGAGACUGAAAAUAAACAACUUUGCAGUAGGUGAAAAUGAGAUAAGUGAAGCUAAAGGGAAGUUAAUUUUAGCAAUAAACAAGGGAAUUGCAGGCGAAGAUGAGAAGCUACAUGAUGCACUCAAUUCUGAAUAUCUCGAGAUGCGUGACGCUAAAGCCGAGAUGGAUGUAAAUGUUAACAAGAAACGCUUUGAACUCGUUGACCGGGAGGAAAAAGAUGUGAAUGUGGAACUUGAGGAGGGAAAUUCAGACGGGGCUAAACCAACUGUCACAGAAGUGCAAAGUGGAAUGCUUAAACGACAGAAAGUAAACUAUGCGGAGGAUGAGAAUGAUAUCAAUGAAGCAAAAGACAAGUUAAUUUUAGCAGUAAACAAGGGGAUUUCAGGGGAAGAUGAGAGGCUACAUGAUGCGCUAAAUUAUGAAUAUCUUGAGAUGCGUGACGCUAAAGCCGAGAUGGAUUUAAAUGUCAACAAGAAACGCUUUGAUCUUAACGACCGGGAGGGAAAAGAUGCGAAUGUGGAACCUGAGAAGGAGGCAAAUUCAGACGUGGCUAAACCAACUGCCGGAGAAGAGCAGAGUGGAAUGCUUGAGCGACAGAAAGUAAACAAUUUUGUAGGAGGUGAAAAUGAGAUUGGUGAAGCAAAAGACAAGUUGGUUUAUACAAUAAAUAAGGCAAUUUCAGGGGAAGACGAGAGGCUACAUGAUGCACUCAAUUCUGAAUAUCUGGAGAUGCGUGACGCUAAAGCCGAGAUGGAUGUAAAUGUCAACAAGAAACGCUUGGAACUCGACGACCGGGAGGAAAAAGAUGCGAAUGUGGAACCUGAGGAGGACAAUUCAGACGUGGCUAAACCCACUGUCACAGAAGUGCAAAGUGGAAUGCCUAAACGACAGAAAGUAAACUAUGCGGAGCAUGAAAAUGAGAUCAGUAAAGCAAAAGACAAGUUAAUUUUAGCAGUAAACAAGGGGAUUUCAGGGGAAGAUGAGAGGCUACAUGAUGCGCUAAAUUCUGAAUAUCUUGAGAUGCGUGACGCUAAAGCCGAGAUGGAUUUAAAUGUCAACAAGAAACACUUGGACUCGACGGCCAGGAGGAAAAAGAAGUGAAU